CGCCUGGGGCCGAUCCGCGCAGCUCCGAACAUGGCUGAAGUCGGGGAGGACACGGGUGCCCGGGCCCUGCUGGCACUGCGCUCGGCGCCCUGCAGCCCGGUGCUGUGCGCCGCGGCCGCCGCUGCCGCCGCCUUCCCCGCGGCGCCGGCGCCUUCGCUGCCGCCUCAGCCCCAGCCGCCACCUCCACCGCCGCCGCUGCCGCCGCCGCCGCCUCCGCCGGUGUCCGCCGCUUCCCCGGCGGCGCCCCAACAGCCGGCGCCCCCGCCGCUGCCGCUGCCGCUGCCGCCGCCGCCGCCGCCUGCCGGCCUAGGGGGAGCCCCGGCCGGCCCGGCUGCCGGGGGAGCGGCGGCGGCGGCGGCGGCGGCGGCGGCCUCGGUGCGGCAGAGCCCCGGGCCGGCCCUGGCCAGGCUGGAGGGCCGCGAGUUCGAGUUCCUCAUGCGGCAACCCGCCGUCACCAUCGGCCGCAACUCGUCGCAGGGCUCCGUGGACCUUAACAUGGGCCACUCGAGCUUCAUCUCCCGCCGCCACCUGCAGCUCAGCUUCCAGGAGCCGCACUUCUACCUGCGCUGCCUCGGCAAGAACGGCGUCUUCGUGGACGGGGCCUUCCAGCGCAGGGGCGCCCCGGCCCUGCAGCUCCCCAAGCAAUGUACCUUUCGAUUUCCUAGUACGGUUAUAAAGAUCCAGUUCACAUCUCUGUACCAUAAAGAAGAAGCUCCACCAUCUCCCCUUCGACCUCUGUACCCUCAAAUUUCCCCUCUGAAGAUCCACAUUCCGGAGCCGGAUCUCCGCCUAGUCAGUCCCAUUCCUUCUCCUACUGGCACUAUCAGUGUUCCCAACUCCUGCCCAGCCAGUCCUCGUGGUGCUGGAUCUUCAGGAUAUCGCUUUGUUCAGAAUGUCACCUCAGACCUGCAGCUGGCUGCAGAAUUUGCAGCAAAAGCCGCAUCAGAGCAACAGGCAGACACAUCUGGAGGGGACAGCCCAAAGGAUGAAUCAAAACCACCAUAUUCUUAUGCUCAGUUAAUAGUUCAGGCUAUAUCCUCAGCCCAAGACAGACAGUUAACACUAAGUGGGAUCUAUGCCCAUAUCACCAAGCAUUACCCUUACUACAGGACUGCUGACAAGGGCUGGCAGAAUUCUAUUCGACACAACCUCUCCUUGAACCGUUACUUUAUUAAAGUCCCACGUUCUCAGGAGGAGCCUGGAAAGGGUUCCUUUUGGCGCAUUGACCCAGCGUCAGAGGCCAAGCUAGUAGAACAGGCAUUCCGGAAACGGAGACAGAGAGGAGUUUCCUGUUUUCGAACCCCUUUUGGGCCCUUAUCAUCAAGGAGUGCUCCUGCUUCACCUACUCAUCCAGGGCUAAUGUCCCCUCAUUCUAGUGGCCUACAGACUCCAGAGUGCCUGUCUCGGGAGGGUUCACCCAUUCCACAUGACCAUGAUUUUGGGUCAAAGUUAGCCUCUGUUCCAGAGUAUCGGUAUUCACAAAGUGCACCUGGUUCUCCUGUUAGUGCUCAGCCGGUGAUAAUGGCUGUUCCUCCCCGACCAUCUAAUCUCGUGGCCAAACCAGUCGCUUACAUGCCAGCUUCAAUAGUGACUUCACAGCAGCCUUCUGGUCAUGCAAUUCAUGUUGUGCAGCAAGCUCCCACUGUUACAAUGGUCAGGGUUGUGACCACAUCUGCUAAUUCAGCUAAUGGAUACAUACUUACCAGUCAGGGCACAGCAGGAAAUAGCCACGAAGCAGCAGGCACAGUUUUGGACUUGGGCAGUGAGCCAAGAGCAUUGGAAGAUAAGCCUACAAUCGCAUUUGCGACAAUUCCAACUGCCAGCCGAGUCAUCCAGACGGUUGCCAGUCAGAUGGCUCAGGGAGUUCCAGGACAAACAGUUACAAUACUUCAGCCGGCAACACCAGUGACCAUUGGGCAACACCAGCUCCCAGUUAGGGCAGUGACACAAAAUGGAAAGCAUGCUGUUCCUACCAAUAGCAUCACUGGCACUUCUUAUGCCCUUACAAACCCACUGCAACUUCUCGCAGCCCAGGCUAGCUCGUCCACUCCUGUAGUGGUUACACGAGUGUGUGAAGUGGGCCCUGAAGACCCAGCAGCCUCCUCAGGGGAGCCAGAUGUCAAAAGACCUCGGUUGGAGGAACCCAGUGGAACUGUUGUGGCACAGGCAGGGGUGAUAACAUCUACAACCCCACAAGGGCAAGGAACCGGUGAAUGAAGUACCUGGGAAAGGAGCUGGAAUAUAGGUGGAGCAGAAGGCGCAUCAAAAGGAUUGGUAGAACAGAAGUGUAAACUGCCUGAACAGCCGCUUAUCUUAAAGUGAGAUAGGAAAGACAGCUCCACAGCUCAUCAGAUCUCGAGGUGCCAAACAGAUUGGGAAAAGCUUGGGAAAAGCUUCCAUCUACCUGUACCUGGAAUUCAGCUCAGCCUUUACUUUUGUUUUUCUCUUCCAUACCUUUUAGUUAAAAAACAAAACAAAAAAAAACAAAACAAAAAACCCACAUAAACAAAUACAGACAACUGAUUGUAUGACUGCUGGGAAUUCUUUUUUUUGUUUUUUUCAGCACCUCCUGUCUUUCCCCAGCCUUUUCUUGAAGAGGCUGGGGAAGAGAUUGCAGUUCAGUAUCUCAAGGAAUGUAUCACAAAUGUCUGCUCCAUAAGAAGAAGGUUCCUUAUUUCUCCAAUGCCUUAAUGCUGCCUCUCAGAGUUUGACAUUGAUGUUCUUAAGGAAGCAGCCUUGACCAUCACAAGAAGACUGACACAGGUUAUCAUAGUGACAGCAUUAAAGUAGCAUGGUACCCGACAAACAAUCCUUUUAAAGAAAAAUAAUUGUAUUUAGAAUGAAUUGUUAUUUAUGUAGGAGGUUGAGAGCAGGCUGUUGGGGUGGGGACCAGGUGGUAGAGCAACAGAAAUUGACCAAUUUGUUAUUUCAUAAAUGUCUUUUUUCAUAGAAAGGCAAAAAGAGAGGUAUUGACAUUAGUAUUAUUUUUAACUGGUUUGGUUUUGACCCCACAAUGUUUCUUGCUUUGUUCAGAUAUGUACUAUGUGUUUUUAAUGCAUCUUGGACAGAAGUUGAGGGAAUGCUCCCUGCCAACCUUUUUGUUUUUGUUUUUAGUUUUACAUGCAUGAUGCAUGCAUUAAUCACACCAUGGAGUUAAUCCACAGCUGUAACUAUUAAUGUCAUGUUAGGGGAAAUUAUGCUAGCUUCCUGCAUUAGAACAUGUAUUUGCCUCAGUACUGUUAGAAAGUCCUUUGGGUGAAAGACUGGUGAAAAGCAGAUGGACUAAAUCAUAACCAUAUUAUCCAGGGUUCAGUAUUUGGAGUGAAUGUUAAUCAGAACUGAGCCUCUGUGCUGUCUUUCCUGCAGUAGUAGUAAAGUUCCAUUAUAACUAGGUGUUCUAGAUAGAACCACGUGGCUCACUUGAUGGGAAAGAAAAUAGAGCAGAGGUUCCUCUGUUUCACAAAAAAAUGGAACUGUUCUCCCUAUGACCUAAUAUAAGACCCUAAUAUAAGAUAUUCUCAGCAUAGCUGAAUGCAGUUUUGUAAUCUCAAAUCUUUUCAUUUAAAUUUUACCCAAAUUCUAGUUUUCUUUCACAGGUUAUCAUUGAAGUUGGAAAAAAUUUCCUUUAUCUAUAACAUCAGAGUCUUUGGGGUCAAUUCAAGGUAAUGGAAACUACCUUCCCAAAUAAUGAAGUUGCUCACUGGUAUCCACUGGUAUCCACCCAGGGUUUAGUCAUCCUGUCUGUCUGAAUUCUCUGUGGCUAAAAACAAAGAAACAAGCAAAUAAAUAAAUAGCAGUGCUCUCUUAAGGAAAGUGAACAAAGCGCUUCAAUUUAAUGAACCUGUAUUCUUUAGGAAAAUGCAGUAUGUUGAAAGGAAAUGGGAACAUAUGGAAUAUUACUGUCUGUUCAGAUUUUUAUCUAUGUGUUUUCUUCAGCAAUUUGCAGAAGGGAUGAAGGAAUGCUUCUGUUAGAAAAUUAUUUCCUAAAUAUUUUGGUGCUGCUUCUCCCAAUAGUCAACAUUAGGAGGGAAAAAAAUGUACACAAAACUUAAGUAUCAGGAAAUAUUUUUCUUUCUUUCUUUUUUUAGAAGAAAGCCUUCUUUACCCCCUUCCUACCCACCCCAACCAGUUAACUCUUUAAAGCUGGUUCCACUCUAUGAACUCUGUCAGAAAAACUGCAGUGGUGUUCAAAACUUCCCCAAGAAAUAUAUAAGACAAAUUAAAGACAAGAAAAUUUCAUAGGAAUUAGGAACUAACCAUUAAUUUUCUGCUUUAAAACAAAAGAAUUAAUUGUUUAUUUUAUUUUUAAUUAUUCAAAGCAGUGGGCAUUAAUCCCACUUUAGAAAUUAACAAUUUGUGAUCAGAACCCAUUGAAUUAACCAGAAGUUUAAGAAGAAGGUGGCCUGGUGAAGACACCAGGAAAAGAGAUUUCGACCAGUCCCCCUUUAUACUAUUAUGUUCUCUUCAGUCAGGAUCAUAGGGAACUGGCUCCUCUUAUAAAAAAUUACUGAGCCCUUCAUGAAAUGCUCCAUUUUUCCCAAUAAAGGGAAAUGGGAAAAUGUUUAUGUGAGCAAGUUUUAAAAUGGUACCACAGCCACAAAAACAUUAUUGAUAUCCAUGCAAUAUUAAGUAUGAAAAAAGUGAGAGCAGUGGGAAUGAGAUAACCAGUAAUGUAGUUCUCAGAGAUACUUUGCCCACCUUUAAUGAUGAUAGAUUAUGCUCCAUUCUACACUUACAUUUUCUUAAGAGAGAGAGUGUGUCUGUGUGUCUGUGUGUGUGUCUGUGUGUGUGUGUGUGUAUCUGUGUGUGUGUGAGAGAGAGAGAGAGAGAGAGAGAGAGAGAGAGAGAAAGAGACAGACAGAAAUUAGAGUUGAUUGACAGAGAGAAUGAGAGAUGAGUGAUGAAUUAAUUGAUGUCAGGCAGACUUCAUUCUGCACUGACUUCAGUUACUAACAAAACAAGGGCCUUGUUCAGGCUAGAGGAUCUGUAAUUAGUGACUUUUUAGGGUCACCAAUUGCUUCUUUAACCAUCCUUAAUUGGUAUUUGUUCUGAGUACUCCUUGUAUAUAACCUAGGAGAGGGAAAUGGCUUAUGGUGGUAGGAGCUAUAUUUGGUCUUCAGUUAUCAUGGGUACCACAGACUUUCUCCUUUCCAAGCUGGGAUUUUCUGCAGAGAACACUCCAUGUUGGGAGAAAACAGUGGCUCACAUUUUUGUUGUUGUUGUUGUUUCUUCUGAACUUACUGCUCCCAUCUGUUAGUUUGUUUUAUUGAUAUAAGAAAGCACUAACUGCUUUAUCUGUGCAAACUUUGGCAGUGAAUAGGGGAGGAGGGAAACAGCAAAAUUUUAGUGGAAGGAAUUUCCCUUUCUUGAGAUUUUUAGCACCUUAAGCUUCUGCAAGAGUUGAAUGAUGAAGGAAAUAAAAAGGAUCAAGGUCAGCAGAAAAGUGGUAGACAUUGGGGAAAUCAUUACCUCUAUAGAUCCUCUGUUUUUUAAUAACCUUAGAAAGGUUUAGAUUAUAGCCAGGAAAUAUUGCCUUAUAUCUUCUAAGCCAAUGUUUGUGGCAGAAAUAUCUGGCAGAAAUGCCAAAGUGGGAUGUGUAGUGGCUUUAGAAAUUCCUGGAAAGAACCUUUACCGUUUGGGACUGAAGCCAGGAAAGCAGUGUGUAUCUAAAUUUGUCUGAUAGGUGCUGCUCUAAUGCUCCAAGUCAUUUCAUCUUUGUCUUCCUUCCAUCCUUUCACAUUUGCCUCCUGCCAUUUAUGGCUCCCCUGAAAACAAAGCAGGAAGUUUGCUUAUAAAGAACUUUAAUUUUUUAAGAAUUCAGGAAAUCAUACUUGUAUUAAUAUAUAUGUAUAUAUACUUAUAUAUAGGUACAUAUACUUAUAUAUGUAUGUGUGUGUAUAUAUAUAUAUAUAUA